AAACACACUCCUUCACCACAGCUUCACCACACCGUUACUGAAUCCAUUGCAUUCACUGCGGACCUUCGAGCGAAAGAAAGCUGCCCUCGAGGCUUCAACCUCAACAUCACUACCCUCUCGUCACACCGACCAAAACUACCGCCGCCAUCAGGAUGGCCGCCGCCGUCGACGCCGGCAGCGAUCAUGCGCAGCAGCUUCAGAAUGCGAUCCAGCCCAAGCUGAUGGAGAAUGGCUGGGUCACCGAUGAGAACGAUAUGACGCUCGCCGAAUACGUGACCAUGAUGAUCGUGAACGGCAAGGAUGCUCAAGGCGUGCAGGCAGAGCUGGGCACCGACCUCCUGGCCAUUGGCGACGACAACCCCGACGUGAUGGAGUUCACGAAAUGGCUCUUCGACCAGCUCCGCGCCAUCACACAACCUCAGCAGCAGUCGCAGUCGCAGCCGCAGCCGCAGCAGCAGCAGCAAAUUCCGCAGAACAAUGGAACGUCAGACAACGCGGCGCAGCAGACUCCAGCAGCAACGCAAGACGCGACCAUGGAAGACACACCCGCUGCGGGAGACGCAGUCCCUACCGGCCCCCGAUCAAUGCGCAAUGGAUCUGGCGCCGCGAGAGGACGAGGCGGCCGCAUGCUUAAUCAACUCAACCGAAACCUUGACCGCACUGAAUUACCGCACAACUUAAGUAGGAUAAAAGGUGCUGCCGGCGCCCAGGGUGGCGGUCGCAUCAAUUCACAUUCGGCCCGCGAUGCUGCGCCCCGAGGUCCGAAAAACAACAACAGCAAUAUCGCCCGAGGCGUCUCUCGCAUGAUGAAUGGCCGCGGUGGCGCUCAAAACAGCAUGCCCAUGAUGGGUGGAAACGCUGCGCCAGGACCGCCAGCAGACCAACAAACACAGCUGCAAUUCAUGCAAAUGAUGGAAAUGCAGGCAAAUUUGUUUCAGCAGAUGCUGCAGGCUUCGCAGAAUGGCUUCGGCAAUGCUCCUCGCGGAGGCGGACGUGGCGGCCGAGGCUCUCGUCAAUUGGCUCGCGGUGGUGGUGCUGGUGGCGGAGGAAGAGGUGGAAGUGGACAGACGCAUACCACGCUCCAUGCCGUCGACGGCAAGAUGCCCGAUGGCGCUCUACCAAGUGGACCUAUUGCUAACGGAAACGGGGACGGCAUGGAACUCGAUGGCGACGAUCAUACCGGGCGUGGAGGCCUCUUCUCCACAGCGUGCCGAUUCGACACUGCCUGCACCAAUCCCUCAUGCGGCUUCGCUCACCGUGGUCCGAGAACAAACAUGGAGACAGUUCCCAUGGUCGACAUGACCGCUACCUGCUCAUACGGCGCCAAGUGCACAAACAAUACCUGCACGGCUCGUCACCCCAGUCCAGCGGCUGUCAAGGCCGGAGGCAUCCCCGUUCCGUGCAAAUUUUACCCCAACUGCCAGAAUGCCAACUGCCCAUUCACACAUCCCAAUUCGAGGCCCUGCAAAAAUGGAGGUGAUUGUACUACUCCCGGCUGCACUUUUGGACACAGCAAGAUUCUGUGCAGAUACAACCCGUGCCUCAACCAGGCUUGUCCGUACAAGCAUGAGGAGGGCCAGAAGCGUGGCAAGUUUGAAGACAAAGUGUGGACGCCGGGUGAGAAGACGGAUCGCUUUGCAGAGUUCAAGACGGAAGAGGGUGCGGAAGAGCUGAUCCUCCCCGGUCAAGCGAAUGGCAACAAUGGCAUCAAGCAUGAAGCGCAGAUGGAGGAAGUCGGAGAUGUGGUGGGCUAAACGCGUGAUUUUUUGGCCGUCUCUCGCUCUUUUUCUCUCUUGUACUAGAAGCUAGGCAUGACGCCGGGCAUGUCAAGGGAAGCAGAGCUCAUCAACACGGAAGAAUGAGUAGGGCAAGAUGGAGACGACAAUGACGACGACGACAACGACGACUCAAUCGUUGCAUGUAACAGAUGUACAUUAUUGAGUACACCAGUGAAGGUAGUAAUGUUGACUGCUACCGGGACGUUUUGCGUUCUAGUUCUACCAA